UAAAGGUUAAUUCUGUAAUUACUUCUGAGACUAUAGUAAAUUUUGAAAGAUUCUCUAAAUAUUCUAGAUUACAAAGAUCAUUUGCUUAUGUUAUGAAAUUUAUUUUUAAUUUAAGAAAUCCAAAAAAUAAAAGAUCAAAUGUACUUACUUUUGAUGAAUUAAAUGAUGCCUUUUACAAAUUAUGUUCUAUUGCACAACAACAAUCAUUUCCAUUGGAAUAUGCAUUAUUGUCUAAAAACAAAACAAUACAUACAAAAUCUAAAAUUUUAUCGCUUUCUCCUUUUAUGGACAAUAAUGGCCAGAUUAGAGUAGGUGGUAGAAUAGAUGCUGCUAGUUGUCCGUAUGAGCAACGGCAUCCUAUAGUUUUAGAUGCUUCUCAUCGAUUUACGAAGCUUUUAUUUGAAUUUGAGCACAUCAAAAAUAUGCAUGCUGGUCCACAAUUAUUAUUAUCGGCUAUUAGACAAACAGUUUGGCCUAUAAACGGGAGACGUCUUGCUCGUACUACCUAUCAUAAGUGUGUUAUCUGUAGGAGAGCACAGGGAAAAACCCUAUGUCCAAAGAUGGGUGAUCUUCCUUCACAAAGACUAAAUCCUGAUUUUCCGUUUCAGUCUGUAGGCUUAGAUUACGCAGGACCAUUUAACAUACUAAAUCGUAAAGGACGUGGCUCUAAAUUAAUUAAGUGUUAUUUAUGCCUAUUCGUUUGCUUACGCUAUAAGUGUAUUCACUUAGAGGCAGUAAGUGGAUUAUCCAAAGAUGACUUCUUGAUGACUCUGAGAAGGUUUAUAGCACGCCGCGGCAAGCCAGUGGAAAUUUUAUCCGAUAACGGACGCAAUUUUGUUGCUACGGCUAGCGAGUUAAGUAUAUUUUUAAAGACUAAUGAAGUACCUCUAUCUAAUUUUGCAUCUGGAGAGGGGAUAAAAUUUUCCUUUAUCCCAGCUUACGCUCCUCAUUUCGGGGGAAUCUGGGAGGCCGGGGUAAAGUCCUCUAAGCAUCAUAUUAAGCGCGUUAUGGGCAAUAGUCAUCUUACCUUUGAAGAAAUUUCAACAUUGUUUGCUCAAGUGGAAGCGAUUCUUAACAGUCGCCCAUUGUGCCCGUUAUCCUCAUCUCCUGACGACUACCAUUUCCUAUCCCCAGGGCAUUUUCUGAUUGGAAGACCCCUCUCAGCGCUACCAUCACCCAUGUUGGAAGAUAUGAAUCCAAAUGGACUCAAGCGAUACGAACGACUAGAGCAGAUUCGACAGCAUUUUUGGCAGCGGUGGCAAAAGGAAUAUGUUGUGGAGCUGCAGCAAAGAACUAAAUGGAGAAUAAAUUCAUCUAAUCUGAAAGUUGGUGAUCUUGUCCUGAUUCAAGAACCGUCAAUUCCUCCAUUGGCAUGGCGUCUUGGGCGUGUGGUACGCUUAUUCCCGGGACCCGAUGGCGUGUGUCGUGUAGCUGACAUUAAUACUACGCGAGGCUGCGUACGACGAGCCUUAACUCGACUGUGUCCACUACCAACUGAUGAAGAGAUGAACAGUUAAAAGACUUGGGAGUCUUUCAACGGGGCGGAAGAUGUUAAAGCCUGAUAAAUUUCUAUAGCAAAACCGGCUAACUAUCAUUAAUAUUACAUUUUACCGAGGCGUUAUAUUUAUUUAUUUUUUACUACCUGUUACAAAAUUAUAUUCACUCAUCAAAUUCACUUAGUCACGAAACUUGCAUACUGUAAAAGCUUAUCGAAA